AUGGCGGCCUCGAUAAUUCAGUUAAUGGGCUUCAUGUUGUCCGCGUUGGGGCUAUUCUUGAUUUCCGCUGCAACAGCAAUGGACAUGUGGAGCUUGCAGGAUCGAUCUUUCACAGUUGUGACAAAUAUUUACACCUAUUCUGGGUUGUGGAACUCGUGUGUAGGGACAGCGUACGGCACAACGCAGUGCAGGCCGUAUUUCACCAUCCUGGGACUGCCAGCUCUGCUGCAGGCUGUGAGGGCCUUGAUGAUCGUUGGUAUUAUCCUCGGAGCCAUCGGCUGCCUGAUCGCCAUAUUUUCAAUGAAGUGCUUGAAAAUGGGGAGCAUGGACGACAACAUCAAAGCCACAAUGACUCUGACAUCUGGGAUCAUGAAUCUUCUCGCAGGGAUCUGUGGCAUUGCCGGGGUGUCGGCCUUUGCGAACUUGGUUGUGCAAAGUUUUCGGUUCACGACGUACGCCGAUGGCGGGUUUAGCAUGGGAGGAGGGGGUAUGGGUGGAGGGGGUAUCGGAGGACUCACAGGAUCUCUGACUCCAAGGUACACUUUUGGUCCCGCUCUUUUUGUGGGGUGGAUUGGCAGCGCCAUCCUGUUCAUUGGAGGUAUCAUGAUGUGUCUGGCCUGCCGCGGAAUGGCCCAGGAAGGAAAGCAACGUUACGACGGGAUGGCCUACAAAGCCGCCUCUCACCACACUAUCUACAAGACCGACCCCAGAUCCCGUCCAGCCCACCUUGACUCCUACAAGGCCCAGAGUCAGGAAGGAAGGAUGUCCAACCAGAGAUUUGACUAUGUGUAG